AGAGGCUUCUAUAAAUGGUCAGGCAAUCCCUGGCCUGUCUCCCGACACGGUCCGUGCCCUUCCCAGACGAGACCAGAGAAGAGGCAAAGGAAGGUGAAACAUGAGUGCUUUAGAACCCAAGGAUAUCAACUGGCAGACAACCUCCAACCGGCAGGCACAUCACACGGACAAGUUCUACAGCCAGGAGCUCAUCGUGCGGAGAAACCAACCCUUCAGUUUCUUAUUGUUCUUGAACCGAAGUCUUGGCGAUGGAGAACGUGUGGGGUUCAUAGUCUCCACAGGGCCGAACCCCUCAGAGUCAGCCAGGACAAAGGCUGUGUUUCCACUCUCCAGUGGGACGAGUGCUGGCGGCUGGAGCGCACAGCUCCUGGACAGCAAAGACAACAUUCUGACCGUCUCCGUCCUCAGUCCUGCCAGUGCCCCCAUAGGAUGGUACACGCUGAACAUCCAGAUCUCCUCUGGGGGCAAAGACGUCAUUCUGAAACUUGGGAAAUUCAUACUGCUCUUCAACCCCUGGUCACAAGAGGAUAGUGUCUUUAUGAGUAACCAUGCUGAGAGAGAGGAGUACGUUCAGGAAGAUGCUGGCAUCAUCUAUGUGGGAAGCUCAAAUCGAAUUGGUGUGGUUGGCUGGAACUUUGGACAGUUUGAAGAAGACAUUCUGAGCAUUUGCCUCACAGUCCUGGAUAAAAGUCUGAAUUUCCGCCGUGACCCUGCAACUGAUGUGGCCCGCAGAGGUGACCCCAAAUACGUUGGCCGGGUGCUGAGUGCAAUGGUCAAUAGCAACGAUGACAGUGGGGUGCUCGCUGGGAACUGGAGUGGCAACUACACUGGUGGCCAGGACCCAAGGAGCUGGAAUGGCAGCGUGGAGAUCCUCAAGGAGUGGAAACGCACUGGCUUCAGGCCAGUCCAGUAUGGCCAGUGCUGGGUCUUUGCUGGGACCCUCAACACAGCACUGCGGUCACUGGGGAUUCCUUCUCGGGUAAUCACCAACUUCAACUCAGCACAUGACACGGACCGAAACCUCAAUGUGGACGUAUACUAUGACGCCGAUGGAACACCUAUGCAGAGGGGCAGUGAUAGCGUAUGGAACUUCCAUGUCUGGAAUGAAGGCUGGUUUGCGCGGGCUGACCUGGGCUCCUCCUACAACGGAUGGCAGGUUCUGGACGCCACGCCCCAGGAGAGGAGCCACGGGGUGUUCCAGUGUGGCCCUGCUUCAGUGUUUGCUGUCCGAGAGGGUGAUGUGGACCGGGACUUUGACAUGCCCUUCGUGUUUGCGGAGGUAAAUGCUGACCGUGUCACCUGGAUCUAUGAUGCCUCCAGCGGUACCCAGAAGCAGAACUCCUUGGACCCAGGCAUUAUUGGCAAAUACAUCAGCACCAAGGCAGUGGGCAGCGACUCUCGCGUGGACAUCACAGACAAGUACAAGUACCCUGAAGGUUCCAGGCAAGAAAGACAAGUGUUUGAAAAGGCUCUGGGGAAACUUAAACCCAGUGCAUCUCUUGGCCCAACAUCCGCAAGAGGCUUGGAAGUUGAGGAGCGGGACCCUAGCAUCUCUGGGAAGUUCAAGGUCACUGGCAUACUGGCAGUGGGCAAAGAAGUCAACCUGGGCUUGAUACUCAAAAACUUGACAAGUGAUAUGAAGACAGUGACCGUGAACAUGACAGCCUGGACCAUCGUCUACAACGGCACGCUAGUUCACGAGGUGUGGAAGGACUCUGUCACAAUCUCCCUGGAUCCCAGUGAAGAAACGCAGUAUCCCGUGAAGAUCUCGUACGCCCAGUAUGAGAAGUACCUGAAGUCGGAUAACAUGAUCCGGGUCACAUCCGUAUGCCAGGCCCCUGACGAGUCUGAGGUGGUGGUGGAGAGGGACAUCAUCCUGGAUAACCCCACCCUGACCCUGGAGAUGCUGGACCAGGCCCAGGUGCAGAAGCCCCUGAACGUGCAGAUGCUCUUCUCCAACCCACUGGAUGAGCCGGUCAAAGACUGCGUGCUGAUGGUGGAGGGGAGCGGCCUGCUGCUGGGCAGCCUCAAGAUCGACGUGCCAAAUCUGAGCCCCAAGGAGCGGUCCCGCGUGCGUUUUGAGGUCCUGCCUACCCGGAGUGGCACCAAGCAGCUGCUCGCCGAUUUCUCCUGCAACAAGUUCCCUGCAAUCAAGGCCAUGCUGUCCAUCGACGUGGAUGAGUGAAGGGCCUCGGUGGCCCCAUACAAACUUGGGUACCACUGAGCAGGCAGGCUCUCCUGUGGAGUGAGCCCCCUGCCCUUGCUGUCCAGCCUGGGAAACCCACUCUGUCCCCCAAGGAGGGCUGGACACAGCCUCCAGCCUCCGGCACACAUCCCCUACACACUCCCAGGCUGGACUGGCUCCACCCUGGCCCGUGACUUGACCACUUCUGCACAUUCCCAUGGAGCCCCAUGGCCCUCUCAGCCCUCAUGCCCACCAGUGCUGCAGGACCGAGUGGCACCUGACCCAGCCACUCUCUGAAUGGAUACGGGGGAGAAGACAGUCUGGACUUUUUGCUGAUCCCCAGUUUGUAGUUGGAACAUUCCUGCACCUUCCUCAGGCCACUGGGAAGGAGAGGACAUGGUUAGCCAUCUGCAAUGGCACUCACAUUCCUUACAUUCCAAAUAAAUGUUUUAAAAGAGUG